GUGCGUAUCGUCGUUGGAUACGGAUCUUCCAUUCUCCAUUCAUUCUCUAUUCGUUCUCCGAUUAACUCGGACACAUUUGGAAACAUGCUGAAGUCUUACCCCGCGCGAUAUCCUACUAGCGGAGCUAGAACUGGUACUCGAGUGAUUCGUUUGACGGUGGAUCAGGAAGCAGUUCUUCAAGAGCAAUUUAACAGAUGGCCAAGAGCACCUCAUACUGCGGACAUUGUACUCCUCGCAGCUGAAACAGGUCUUUCCGAGGCGGACGUUGAAGGAUGGUACGCUAUCAGAUUGGCUCAGUGGCGGAAAGAACAGGGUCUCGGCGGGAAUCUGGGCAUACACUGAUUGUACGAGAGUGCUCGCUAUGUGCGCUAAACUCUCGUCUCACUUUUGUACCUGAAACUCUUAUACGUAUACAGACAGAUGUAAUGGGUCGAUAGCAAAUUAUGAGCAAUAUACUUCUUUCCUUUAAACUCAUUGAUCUUAUGUCCGUAUUCAUAGUCAGACUUUAUAUUUAAGAUUUCCUUAAGUUUAUCUUUAGAUGCUCAGUGAUCAAUAAAAUAAUUCAUAGAGCAUCUGAAGAUAAAUUUAAGGAAGACUUAAAUAUAAGGCCUGAUUAUGAAUAUGAAUAUUAGUCUAAAUUUCAAUGUAUUCAUAAAAAUUUUAUUAUUUAUUGUAAAUGUGUAACAAAAAAAAUGACGUUUGCGUAAAAAAUAAAUUACUAAUUGUAUGAACGCGUAACAUAUUUAUACAUAAUAUAUUCGAGACAUUGAAAAUAAUUACA